UUCAUCUCAUUUCUUACAAUUAAAAAUAAAACAAAAAAUUGAUGAAGACCAAAUCACUCCUUCUCUGCUUAAUUUCCAGCUCUCUCUAUCGGGCGGAGAUUUUCUGUGUGCGAGGCGAAAUCGUAGGGUUUUGGGAGACCGAAUCGCACCCAAACUUCCAAAUUCUCGAAUUCCCAUCUCUACUUCUCUGAUGGUCAGAAGAGGAAAAGUGCUUGGCUCCGUCAAGGACAAGAAGAGCACCAAAGCCGACCUGCAGUUCCCCGUCGGCUGCGUCGCUCGCUUCUGGAAGACCGGCAAGUACGAAGCUCCUGUCUACCUUGCCGCCGUCCCCGAGUACCUCGUUGCCGAGGUUCUGGAAUUGGCUGGAAACGCGGCGAGAGACAAGAAGACGAGAGUCGUCCCGAGACACGUGCAGUUGGCAGUGAGGAACGACGAAGAGUUGAGCAAGCUGCUUGGAUCCGUCACCAUCGCUAACGAUGGCGUGAUGCCCAACAUCCACAACAUGCUUUUGCCCAAGAGAGCCGGCGCCAAGGGUCGCUCCGCUUCUGCCGCCGACGAGUAGAUGCUCUGUUUUCAUGAAGUUUGAUAUUGUGAAUUGAAAGUUAGCAGAGGAAGUAUAUUAGGUUCGUUUAGAUGUACGGGUUACUUCUGUUUUCUUGGAGGGGUUCUGGGUGAUUUGAUCAUGGUAAUGAAUCAAAGACAAAUCAUUUUGACAUAAAAUUAAGCAGAAAUCCUCUGCCCGAUGGAGGAAAGGAGAGCUGGAAAUUAAGCCGAGAAGAGCGAUUUGGUCUUUUAUCAGUUUUUUGUUUUAUUUUUAAUAGUUAGAAAUGAGAUGGAAUUUUUUUUAAUUUUAAAAAAUUUAUUAUUUUUAAAUUGUCACGUCACAAAUUUAAUGCUCAACUUUUAGAGUUGACAGCCACGUAAACAAAAGUUAACGGAGUUGGACGGGAGUGACCAAACGUGAACUGUU